AUGUCGAAGAGCGUCGAGGCCAGGAUCAACGCGGAGCCGACAAGCGGAUCUUUUUUCGCGGUGCCAAGACCGCCCUCCGCCUGUGCAGCUCCGCGUCGCGAAACUCUACCAGCAUAUGCCACCACUUCCAGCUCCCUGACGACUUUAACCUACCCUCCUCCGUCCGAUCCGGUUUUUGAGUCCAGUCAAUUGAGCGGCAGUGCUCGCUCGCGACAAGCUAUGCAGUCUCAUCUCACGAGACGGGUCUUCCGGGCUCUCAUCAAUAACGAGCCGCUGUCUUUUUCGAGAUGCCGACGAAACCAAUUGCUUACCAUCUCCCCUGCUCGAGUCCGGCCCAGCCUCUCCAGUCUGCCUCAUGUCCAGAGUCGGACACUAUUCGCCUUUAACCUGGACCCAAGGGCUGCGUCAGGUGAAGGGCUACCCACGACCUUGACCUCCGAGAAGGGCCUAAAGCCGAUGACCGACCUGAAGCGAUCCUUGGAAGAUAAAAGCAGAGCUCCUCCGAAUAAUACACUGGUCAACGCUUUCAAGCUGUUCUUCGAAACACGAGUGGAUUCCCCUGGAGUCAUCAACUCGUUCCAAGCUCGGCUGUUGUCCAUGACAUGGAAGCACCUAAAGGCUCGGCAAGAAGAGUUGGACGAUAAUGACUGGCACAAUGUUUUCUCGGUAGACAGUUUGGAACGGAUUCUAUUUGUGUUUUCCGAAGCGCAAUGUCUCCCCGAGUCGCGUGAAACAGUUCUGAAGCUCGCUCGGUAUGCCUACCUCGAGCUUUGCGCUGAUCAUGGAUUUGGUCCCAACUCAAUUAGCCGGCCGGCGCUGUUAGUCUAUAUCAAUCUCUUGGCCAUGAAUGGGAAUCCUGAGGAUGCCCGGCAGGUCAUCAUCAAUUUUGGAGGCCAGUUGCGCGGCGCAAAGCCGUCGCCCUGGCUCACCGUUUUGAAGGGAUUCGCCUUGAAAGAUGAUCGACGCCAGCUUCGCAAGGUCACCCAGGAACUGGAGAAAUACGGGGUAAAGUUCGACCAAGCUUCCCACGAGGAGUUGGUCGAUAUUCUCAUUGCACAGGAUCUGUUCAAAGCGGUGCAGACAGUCCACGAGUGCCCUAUGACCGGGAACGCCGAGCCGUCUUUGACUGCCAAGAAGGCUGUGAUCACUUACGCAAUUCUGAAGUCGGAGACUGCGUGGGCAAAGCCGAUCUACCAGUCUAUCUGUGAAGGUCCCAGUCCCAACCAGGAGACUAUCGGUGUGUCUUUGCUCUGGGAAGCGGCCCAGGGUGCCAGUGCAUCUUCGCUUGGCGAAAAGGUCAAACUAUGGACCGCGACAAACUCUUGGACCAAGGAUGGUCUCACAAUUGUGGACAUCAAUAAUCUUCUCCGGUAUGCCAAUGCACAGGAGAACCCUCAAUUAGCCACGACUUUCCUGAGCUUGGCAGAACAGUGGGGACUUGCUCCCGAUGAACAGACCCAUUUGCUGCAGCUGGAGUCGGCCAUUCAGGCUGGCGAUGUCGAGGGUUCACUUCACAUCUUGGAGAACCAGGUGGAUCCCACUACUCUUCCUAACGCCAACCUCUCCCUUUCGAACCAGCUCAUUACGAUGCUUUGCUCGUCGGAAAAGAAGGAUGAACUGUUCCAGCAAAUCUCGUCCCUCUUGGACCCUCUCUUCCAGGAUGGGGUGCACUUGGAACCUACCACUGUGGCCGCAUUGACCCGGAUGCUCCUCUACCGCCACGACAACGAGGCUGUUUCUCAACUGCUUCGCCCGCGAUUGGCUACCUACGACAGCCAAGGGAAGACUGUGAUCCGUACUGCGGUGACCGAUUUCAUCCUGGAUACCAAUGAGAAGGACGCAGACGCGUGGAAUGCAUACGAGCUGUUCAAGCUUGCAUUCCCUGAGACGGGUGUCAGCGUCCGAACCGAGAUAAUGUGUUCCUUCUUUGAGCGCAAGCGUAGUGACCUCGCGGUCCUCGUUUUCGGCCACAUGCGCCAGGUCGAAGACCUGUCACGCCGGCCGAAGCCUGACACCUAUGCGCGAUGCUUCCAGGGCCUCGCACGGACAGCCGACGCGACCAACCUGGAGCUGGUGCACAACAUGCUCAAGCUUGACCUGGAGGUGGAGCUUACCACUCGCAUUCUCAAUGGAUUGAUGCUGGCCUAUGCUGCCUGCGAAAUGCCGGAAAAGAGCAUGAAUAUCUUCCGGCAGAUCUUGCAGUCAGACGAAGGACCGUCGACCAAGACGAUCGCACUGUUCUUCAAGGUUUGCGAGAAGCACCAUAACGGCGUGCAAGAGGCCGUGAAGAUGAUGAGCAAGGUCAAGAAAUUGGAGAUCGAGGUUGAUCGUCGGCUGUACUCGUCGUACAUCGAGGCGUUGGCUGCGCAGUGUGAAUUUGAUCGAGCCACAGAGGCUAUCAAUAACAUGCAAGCCGAAAUUGGGGUUCCUCCCACAAGUACAACAAUUGGACUGUUCUAUAAUGCUAUUCCCUACCAGUAUUGGAAGGACCAGGUGGAAGACUGGGCGCGCCAGACGUACCCUGAACUCUGGGAGCACCUGGAAAAAAUGGAGCGUAGUGAGCAUGAAGAAGGGCAGAAGUUUGAUGGCAUCUCGAACGAGGUCUGGGUGUAG